AUGAAACAUAUAACACUUCUGCUUGCGGCUUUGUGCGCAGUUGCCUAUGCAGCAUCUUACGGAGUGAAACCUGAGCCUGAACCGUACUACAAAGAGUAAGUCAUGCUAUUUUUAUGAUCAUUUCACGCUGUUUGCCGAAGUUUUUUUCAUGAAAAGGUUUGACAAACUUGAUUGAAUUUUCAGGAAAAAAUAUGGAAAGGGAGGUUAUGGACAUUCACCCAAAAAACACCACAAUUAUGGAGAUAGCUCUGAUAGCGAUAGCAGCAGUGAGGAGAUCGGUCGUGGGUAAGGAUCCCAAUUUCGACUGAAACUGAAAUGAAAGCUCAAAGAGAAGCUAAUUUUAUGAGGUUUUUGAUUCUUAUUGAGAGGGUGAAUCAAGAAACUAUUUAGCACGGAACAUACAGUGCUGUCAAAAAAGAUUUUUUCUUCAUUCAAAAAUAUUUUUCCUCGUCGUUUCCUCGUAUGAAGCUCGAUCUUUUUGAAACUUUCUAAGCUGCAUUUUUUUUGUGCGGACCGAAAUCCCUUCAAUGGGUUACAAGUAAAAGUCAUCCCAUCUCCAAAAUGUUUCAGAAAUGGUAAACUUCAUGCAGGAAAGUUCUGAUCAAAAAACUUAUUUUUUCGCAUUUUUUCUGACAGUACUAUAAGUUAAUAAUUCAUAAAGUAAGCCAAAAAGCACCUCUAAGAGAGUUUGGAUUUUUAAUGCGAAAAAAAUAUAUUUUUCUAUUCAAAAAAAUCACGAUUAAAGCUACGAAGAAAAAUAAAUUACAUAUAUACCUCUCUGAAUAGUUCAACCUACCACUUUUUCAGGCACCAUUACGGGAAAAAGAAGCCUACAGCAACUGGUUACGGAAAAAAACCGCGAAAGACGUCCUAUCCGUCAGGAAAAUACCACCACUCGCCACCAGCCUAUCACCCUCCAAUGCAGUACCAUCCUUACAAUCCUCCACAACAUAACCCCGCACCGUUUUCUCAUCACGAACCACAAUGGCCAGCUCCAGCUCCUCUUUCCGCUCCAUGGUCAGCCCCCGUAACUCAUAACGAGCCUCAGUGGCCGGCUCCAGCUCCUAUUUCCGCUCCAUGGUCAGCCCCCGGAGCUCAUAACGAGCCUCAGUGGUCAGCUCCAGCUCCCCUUCCAGCUUCCCUUCCAGGACCGGCGUGGUCAGCACCAGCUGCUCCUCCGGCCACAUCGUGGUCGGGUUCGGCGCCAGCGCCAGCUCCAGCCGAGUCUCCGUCUUGGUCCGCACAAUCUCUUGCGUCGGCUCAAGCUCACGCUCCUGCUGCUUCAGAACCAGCCGUCGGGCAUGUCGGUCCUGUUGGCCCUGUCAGUCCUUAUCAGUCUCAUCUCUACAACUGA